GAAACACCGAGCUGUGCACCUUCGCGGCAGCGCGAACUGACUUUCUAAACCGUAAAUAACCUCGAGCAACAGCACAAACCGGGAUAACUAUUUCUCGAAAAGACGCCAGCACCAUAAGGCAUCUAGCACACGAAACAUAGCACCCACACCCAUUCUCUUCUCCCCGGCUCAGGGAUGCCAUCGGUGCGCUCAAACCAUGUAUUGCCAAAAGUGCCGUACUCCGCUCCGGCUCGACAGUUCGCUCGAGGACCUGAACCCGGCAGCGUAUGACCUGCUCGUCGCAACGCAUUCCCAACAACCGCCCAAGAAGCCGGCCGCCCCGCGUUCCUUGCAUUCGCUGGACCGUGCCCGCAAGGCAACCUACGACCGCGCUGCACGCAAUGCGCCCUCGCCGAUAUUCAAGCGCCAUGGCGGUGGACCGGGACGCGGCGAUGGCCACCCGCGUGACAGCUCUGCUGCCAUGUCCUUCAUCUACUUGACCGAGUCCCAGAUCGCGCCCCCGAACCACGCGGUCCAGAGGAAUCAGCAGGUGCCGGUGCCGGAUGCCUCUCCACAACCACCGAGCAGCGCCGCCGAGAGCCCCGCGGACGAGGAUGACGCAACCAAGUCGUAUGAGAUGGAGCGCAUUACCAAGCUCUUCGAGAUCCUCUCGGCCCGCUCCGACAUUGACCACCCGGUCUGCGUCGACUGCACAGACGUGCUCCUGGAGGAGCUGCAGAAGAAGCUCGAGAUCACGGCGCGCGAGCGAGACGCCUACAUCGCGUACCUGAAGGAGUUACAAGCCGGCGCGCCGACGGACGACGAGGUGCGGGCGCAGGAAGAGGCCCUCCGGAGAGCUCGAGAGGCCGAGGCUGCGGCGCGCGAAGAGAUCCGGCAGCUGGAGCGAGAGAAGGAAGCGCUCGACGCCGAGCUGCUCGCGCUCGAGGAAGAAAGCCGGCAGCUGGACGCCGAGGAAGAAGCGUUCUGGCGCGAGCGCAACGCCUUCGCGAGCCGGCUCGCCGAAUUCCAGAACGAGCGGGACAGCAUCAACAGUAAGUUCGACCACGACUCGCGCCAGCUGGAGAAGCUGCAGCGCAGCAACGUCUACAACGAUACCUUCUGGAUCAGCCACGACGGGACCUUUGCCACCAUCAACGGCCUCCGCCUCGGCCGGCUCGCCAGCAACCCGGUCGACUGGCCCGAGAUCAACGCCGCGUGGGGCCACGCCUUGCUGCUCCUCCACACCGUCGCCGACAAGCUCGGUUUCCGCUUCGAGGGCUACGAGCUCCAGCCGAUGGGCUCGACGUCCCGCAUCAUACGCUACGACCAGCCGUCCCCGUCGUCGUCCAGCCGGCUGGGCGGCAUGACGGGCCGCAGCGCCCCGCCCCCGCCGCCGAAGCGCCACGUCCUGGACCUCUACUCGUCGGGCGACAUGCCCCUCGGCCUGGCGUUCAUGCACCGCAAGUUCGACAACGCCAUGACCGCCUUCCUGGAGCUGGUCCGCCAGCUCGGCGCCCACGUGUACGCGCAGACGGCCGCCGAGGGCAACCCGUUGAGCCUGCCCUAUCGCAUCGAGGGGGACAAGAUUGGGGACUUCAGCAUCCGCCUGGGUGUGUCGCAGGACGAGGGCUGGACCAAGGCGUGCAAGAUGACACUGACGUGUUGCAAGUUUCUAUUGGCGCACGCAAGCAAUGUAAAUGGGGCAUCCGCGACUUGAAAUGUUUUUUUUUUUUUUGUUUUUUUGAUACCAGCAUGAAAUGGGCAAGUUUUUGCACUUGACAAGCCCCCCCCCCCCCGGCUUGUCAAGUCCUCAGCAUCUGGGCGUAUUUUCUGUCUCAAGAGGUCUUGUUUGGGAGAGCUUAUUAGAGAGGGCGUGUUUGGGGAGGGAUUGGCUUUCGGUACGCAGUUGAUAUGAGUCCGGCGUUACGCGCAAUGUCAUUUCAACACAAACGGAUUGGGGCAACAGGACCACUACGGGCGACCGGUUAACGAGUCUUUGAAGAAUUUGCCGUCAGCGAAUUUCGUCAAGGUUUCCUAGGAGGGUC